AUGCCAUCAACAAUAGCAAUAGCCAAAAAUUACUUUUGUUUCAAACUCCCCUUAUCAGACUCCUCAUUCUCAUUAUCUUCGGUUCCUUUUCCAUGGCUUACACAUACACCCAACACGACUACUGCCAAUAUCCUCCCAGGGACAGACACAGACACAGACAAAGAUGCCAUUUCCAUAUCAGAAGAGAGUCCUCUCCUCCCACACCGUCCACAACCCCAAGAACCACAGAAUAAACCCCAAUCUCUAAAAGAAAAAUACGGCACCUGCACCACAAUCCUCCACUACGGCACCUCCAGCUCCAUCCGUCUCUACACCACCAACACCAACACCCCCAAAAAAGAAAAAAGAAAGAAGAAAGAAGCAUACGUCCUCAAAACCCUCCGCCCAACCCCCUCCUCCACCAAACGCACCCUACAAUCCACCCUCGAAUCCAUCCUCUCCUCCACCCUUCAUCACCCGCAUCUUCUCCAAACAAUCGACAUUCUUCCCAACUCGAGGGGGGAGACGUGUCUCGUGAGCGAGUACUGCGAGUUAGGGGAUUUGGGAACGUAUAUAUGCUCCAAAGCAUGGGAAGACAUGCUAAUAAUGAGGGAGAGGGGAAAAGAUGCAGUGAUGAUCGCGGAUAGGAUCUUCUAUCAGAUUAUGAGCGCACUGGAGUUUCUUCAUGAGAUGGGAGUCGUGCAUGGGGGGGUUUGUGUCGAGAAUGUUUUUCUUUCGUGGGAUUGUCCUUCCGAGGAUGGGAGUGGGAAUCAUGGGAAUGGGAUAUGUGUCAAGGGGUUGUCGAUGGGGAUACGCAAGUUUGAGGAGUUGGAGGGGAUGCAGGGGAGGAGGAUGAUGAGGAAUCCUUAUCUUGCGCCGGAGAUACUUUCUCCUUGCUCUCUUCGGUCUUCUUCUAUUUAUUGUCGACAACAGAGGGGUGACCCCGGGGCUGUGGAUAUCUGGGCUGCCGGGAUCAUAUACCUUGUUUUGAGGCUGGGGAGGAUUCUCUGGCGGAGUGCGAGUGAGGAUGAGGAUGGAAGGUAUGCGGAGUAUCUUGCAGGGAGGAAGAGAAGAGAGGGAUAUAGUGCUAUUGAGGGGUUGGGGGAGGCACAAUGUAAGAACGUGGUAUACGCAAUGCUGAACCCAGAUGCAAAUCGACGGAUCAAAGCAUCUGAAGUCAUGAGAUCAGAAUGGAUGUACAACCUCGAUUUACAUCAAUAA